GGAUGUUCCCACAGGAAACAGAAUUUAGACAAGAAAAAUCAUGAUGGCUGACAGUGACGGCCCAUUUCCUAAUUCAUCUGAAAAUGCUAACCAAUAUGAUCGAAGAGACGCAAUAUCAGAUGGCAUUAUAGAUCUUCUGAAGCCAACAGUUGAAGAGAUUGAUGACAGAGUUAAAACUGUGAGAGAAAGUCAAGUUGAACUACGCCAGCAAAUUGACAGCUUAGCUGGAGAUUUGCUGAUAAUAUCCAGUAGCCAGACUAUAUCGGUGGACUUGGAAUCAUAUGUAAAAAAGUUGAACAAUUCAAGAAGGCGUGUUAUGUUAGUCAAUAAUAUUUUACAAAAUGUUCAGGAGAGAUUGACCAAAUUAUAUAACAAUGUUUCACGUGAGACUGCUCGACGGAAAGUAUUACUAGAUCCACCAGGGGCAGGCAGACUAAAAUAAGCCAUUGAAUGCCAUUCUUCCAUGCUUAUAAUAUGUGAUAUUCAUUCCAUGAAACUGUUUAUCAAUGUGCAAAUUAUUUAUUCACCUGCAAGAAGGACCAGCCUUUUGUGUUGAAUCAUGUUCUAGGGAAUGAUAAUUAAUUUUAUAAUCUGAAGAUAACGAUACUCAGAUGUGAUUUUAGGGGAUAAUAUGAUUGUAUGAUUAAGGUGAUGAUAUUGGUAGUGUUGAUAAAGAAAUCACAAAUAAUAUUUUAGGGGUAUAAUGCAAUUAAAUGUAUUAUGUGAUAAUAAGAUGGUAUGUUUAGGGUUAUAAUUGAAUUGUGUACUUUAGGGGAUAAAUAGGGGAUAAUUUUCUUUAUUGUUGAUAAAAGAAAUCACAAAUUAUCAUUAAAGGGGGGGGGGGUAAAGAUAUUGUAUGUUUAAGGAGAUUGUAUAUUCCAGGUGAUAAUUAUGGUGAUAAUUAUGGUAUUGUAAAGAAAUUACAAAUCAUGAUUUUAGAGGAUAAUGACAGUGUAUGCUCUAGUGAUAAUAAAAUCAUGAUAAGUGAUAAUAAUAUUUUUGUAAUUUCAGGCCACAUUGAGAUGGCAUAUUUAGAUAAUAAGAUUAUUUUUUUUAAUUAUUACCAUAUAAUAAUAAUUACAUUCAAUCAUUUUUGGUUAUAUUUGUAAUUGUGGGCUAAGCAUCAGUUUUAUGACACAUAUUAAAAAAAUGCUAUUUUAUAAAUAACUUGUGGUGAAUCAAUGUUAUUUUAUAAAUAAUUUGUGGCGAAUAAAUGUUAUUAUAUAAUUAACUUGUGUUAAUUCAAUGUUAUUUUAUAAAUAACUUGUGGUGAAUCAUUAUAUUAAUUUCUAUAAAUAAUUUGUGGAGAAUCAUUAUGUUUUUGUAUAAAUAACAUGUGGCAAUCAUUAUGUUAAUCUAUAAAUAACUUGUGGCAAAUCAAAUUCAUCAUGUUACUCUAUAAAUAACUUGUGGCGAAUCAUCAUGUUAUUCUAUGAAUAACUUGUGGCGAAUCAUCAUGUUAUUCUAUAAAUAACUUGUGGGGGGGUCGUUAUGUUUUUGUAUAAAUAACUUGUGGUGAAUCAUUAUAUUAUUCUAUAAAUAUCUUGUGGCGAUUCAUCAUGUUAUUCUAUAAAAAAACUUGUGGCAAAUCCUUUUUUUAUUCUAUAAAUAACUUGUGGCGAAUCAUCAUGUUAAUCUAUAAAUCAGUCUUUUUGAAACAAUGUUAUUUUUAAAAUCAUUUGUGGUGAAUCAGUGUGGUGUUUUAUAAAUAUUCUUUCUAAUAAUCACUUGUGGUAAAUAAAAAAUAACCAGCAAUUGUGUAUAAAGAUUUUUGUGCCAAUAACCCACCACACAUUCUUACAUAUUGUUAAGAUAAUUUGAGUAAAUGUUUAAGAUUUAUUGAAAGCGAAAAAAUAAAUAUUGUAUUACUGUGAAAUUAAAAAGUUAAAUCCUUAAUACUUAAUUGAUUGUGUGUAUUUCUGUGUAUGUUGAAUUAAGGUUCACUGUAAUACCUUACUAGUUUUGUGUAUUACUGUGAAAUUAAAAAGUUAUACCUUAAAGGGACUCCACUGAGGUUUCAAAGCCUUAAAACAUAACAUUAGAAUUUCUUACAUAAAUGAGCUGGGGGCAUUUUAAACAGAAAUAUAUGCAAAGAUUUAGAAAUAUGCUUUGAAAUAAAUUGAAAAUCACAUUUUUAUGCUUUUCUUAGCCCAAGUUGAGUGAAAAGUGUUUAAACACUUUUCAUUUUGGUCAUUUUUUUACAUCUUGAAUAAUUAUUCAGGAAAAGGAAGUGUGUGAAUGAUCUAAAAUUUUGCACAAAGAUUAGUGGUCUAAUCCUUCAUCAAAUGGUACAUUUCUCUGGAACAAAUAUUUUCAGUCCCAUCAUGUCAAAACACCUCAGUGGAGUCCCUUUAAUACUUAAUUUGGUGUAUUAUUGUGUAUAUAUAUGGAAUAUUAUGUUGUAGUAGCUUUCUGAGGCUUUGUAUUUUUCUACGAGCAGCGGUGGAAAAUUGAUAUCUCGCGAGACCCAAGAUCGAGCGAGAUAUCAAUUUUCCAACGUUGCGAGUAGAAAAAUACAAACACUCAGAAAGCUACUACAACAUGAUUUUCCUUUUAUUAUAUACCUUUUCGUUUUAUUCAGAAAAUGAAAUAUAGUUGUCAAGAAAUAAAUUCAUGACUGAGGGAUAAAUACGUAAUUCUUGCAAACCGGCCACGCCUUUAAUAAUUUUGGUUCCCGUUUUCAAAUGUAACGUUAUGCAAAGCUAAGAUCUGAACCAACGUCAAAAAUAGUCCGGCAUUUCCAUAUAUGGUACGUAAUUGUCACUAACAUAAUACGGAAAUUUCUAUCCGUUGAAGUGUAUUUGCGCUUCAAUAUUUGCGUGUAUUUUAGGGAGAAAAUUUAUAGGUAUAUAAUAAUAAAAGUUACAACUUAAUACGUUCUUCGGGGUAUAACUGUGUAACUUACUUUAAUGUUCGUGCCGAGAAAAACAGAUUUUUUAAUUAUCACCAUUGUAGAAGAUUUUUUUCUAGUUAGAGUACAAAUACAAGCAAUGAACAAUAUAACUAUGUGCAAUAUAAAUGAAAAAAUAAAUAAAUAAGCAAGCAUUUUGUAGUUUAAAAAAAUAUAUAUUGUAUUGACCUUAAUCCUGAGCUGAGUCUUCACAUAA